AUGCUCUCUCCAGCUCGCACGUUGAAUUAUAUCUAGCUAGUCUCGAGAUUUUGGAGUAAUCCGGUGGAUCAGUAUUAAUCGGUGAAAGUGUUGACAAGACUUUCUGUUGUCGUUACGUGAUAAAUCUGUGCUCGAAGCAUUGUAUUAGAAAAGAAUCGAGACACAUUCGGAAUAUAUCUCGGACGAUUGUCACUAACAAGCGGUACAACCGACGUUAAACUGCGAGAACGCUUUCCUAACCAUAGUUACUUCAUCGCAUCCAACCAGGAGUCCUUCUUUAUUGUGUUUCUUUCGGAAAAUACCUAGAAGAAUGGCAAAAUGGGGUGAAGGUGAUCCUCGCUGGAUUGUAGAAGAGAGACCUGAUGCUACCAAUGUUAAUAAUUGGCACUGGACAGAAAAGAAUGCCUGUGCAUGGUCGCAAGAAAAGUUGAAAGAGCUGUUUUUAAAUGCAAAGAUUGAAGGAGACGGAGUAACAUGUGAAAUAACAGAAAUGGAGAAAUGUGAAGGUGAAGCGGUAGCAAAUAAUAGGAAAGGAAAACUUAUUUUCUUUUAUGAAUGGAAUAUCAUCCUUAAAUGGAUAUUAGAUGAAAAAUCGGGUAACAACAUUGAGGGUAAAAUUAAUAUUCCUAAUUUGUCUGAAGAAAAUGAUAUCAAUGAAGUAGAUAUCGAAAUUACUUUGAAAGAUAGUACAGAUGAAGGAGAAAGAGUAAAACACUUCUUGCAUACAAAGGGAAAGUAUGUACUAAGAGAAAAAUUGAAAAAAUACGUGUCUUCCUUGAAGGAAGAAUUUACGAAAGGAAUGAUACUUCCUAAGAAAGAUAAUGUAAAAGAAAAUAUCUCUAAUAUAACAUCUGGUUUCAAUGUCAAAAUGCAAAUGAAUACUGCAGCAACACCGACGAACAAUCAUAAAACAGUAGGCUGUAAAAUCUCCACCACUACCAUUAAACAACAACAAAAAUUUCAAUGCAGGGCAGAAGAGUUCUUCAAAGUCUUUUCCACUGUUGAGAUGGUGCAAGCUUUCACGAAAGGCCUGGUGAAGCUCGAGCUGAAGAAAAGCGGUCAGUUCGAGCUUUUCGGCGGCAAUAUUCAUGGUGAGUUCGUUGAGAUUACACCGACAAAAAUUAUACAAAAAUGGCGUUGCAAACAGUGGCCAUCCGGACAUUAUAGCGAAGUAACGAUCGAUAUUUGCGAGAAAAACGACCACACCGAAGUCAAUUUAACACAGACCGGUGUUCCUCUUAGUGAAGAGACCUCUACGAAGGAAAAUUGGGACAGGUAUUACUGGGACGCCAUAAAACGGACCUUCGGCUUCGGAUACUUUAUGUGAUCUAAAUUCGCUGUCAAAUGGAUAUUUAUUUAUUGCUAAGUAGAACAAUCGCGCGAGGAUUAUGCGCAAUCGCCUUGUACACUCACGCGAGCGCUUGACUACUGCUGGAAACCGAAUCAACGUGGUGUAAAGGAACAUGCCCGUUAUGCACCAAUUAUUCAGUUCUUCGUAUAUUUGGUACCGCCUCGUGUAAGACGUCUAAUAUCGCAAUUGUGCGAUAACGCAUUACAAGUGACUUGUAUGUCUAUUACUAGAUGUAUGUGUCCAAUAAAUUACAAGAUAGCGGAAAUAACCUAACCAAUUCUACCGCGGUUGUCAAUGCGCAACAAUUAUAUAUUGUAGAAAUAAUUAACUACGUAACAAAUAAACAGGUGUUUCGGUCAA